AUGCGUGUAACAAGUGACACCAAUUGUCAGUUUAAAGAAUAUGAAAUGAAAAGGCUGAAGUGGUUGAAAAACCAGCUGUCUAAAGCAGUCAGUAUUUUCCAUGAAGAGAAAGAAACACUGAACAACCAUGAAGUUGCCAGUGGAACUGAGCUCAUAGGCAUUAUCAACAACAUCCAGGAAGUGAAUGAUGAAAUCGAUACGACCAGCUCAACAUUAAAUGCAAAUACUCUCUGGGAACAUCAAGAAAAGGCUGUUAACUUUUGUGAUGCUGCGAUUGCAUUCAUCAACAGUCUCAAGUUGCCACCACUCUGUGACCACAUUUUGAAAGCAACAGAUGCUGGUCGUGGGGUUGGUGUCACUAACACCGAGGUUAACUACAGAGACAUUGACAUGUCAAGGAGUUUAUUAUUAAAAUAGCUGGACUCACAUGAACAGGAUUCACAGGGCACCACACGAUUCAGAACAAAACGAAGCGGAGCCUUCCAAUACUGCUAUAGGUGAAGCUUUGGUUGAUGGCAGAGCAUUACACUGGGAAUACUUUCAACCAACCGAUCUCAUUAGUGAAGAAGAACUGAAAACACUCACAGUUGAAGAAAUGAGAGAGCUGGAGGCAGAAGAAGUGGAGCGUAAUGCAUGGAGAGUUGCC